UUGACGAGGACGACGGACGGCAGUAACAGCAGUGGCGUGAUUCUGGAUGGCGUUUGUGGGAGUUAGUGCGGCGCAAUGAGUGAGAGCCGGAGCCGAAACCGAAGCCGGAGCCGGAGCCGGGCUCGCGUCGGGAGAGGCAGCCACCGAGGUGUUCCUCCGCCACCGAGCCAGGGAGAGGGGGAUAGUCACCGAGGUGCCGGGUCAGUGGGCGAUCAUAUCGCCUCCCCGACGCGCGCGCACCGUGGGAGAAUUUCAUACGAAACGGCCGACAGUCGGGCUUGUCCAGUCCCGGGCGAGAUGUGGACACCUACGGAGGAGGAGAAAUUUGGCGUCGUGAUAUGCAGUUUCCGAGGUUCAGUGCCUCAGGCGCUUGUGCUAGAAAUUGGAGAAACAGUUCAGAUCUUGGAAAAGUGUGAAGGAUGGUUCAGAGGAUUUGCAACCAAAAAGCCUACAGUCAAAGGUCUCUUUCCUGCAAGCUAUAUCCACCUGAAGGCAGCAGUUGUCAGUAACCGGGGCCAGUUUGAGACAGUAGUUCCAGUGGAAGAUCCCAUUGUUACUGAGGUCACAGCCACGUUACAAGAGUGGAUAAUGCUUUGGAAACAGCUGUAUGUGAAACACAAGGUGGAUUUAUUUUACAAACUGCGCCAUGUAAUGAAUGAGCUGAUUGAUUUGCGGAGGCAGCUUCUAUCUGGUCACCUGACUCAAGACCAACUCCGUGAUGUCAAAAGACAUAUUACAGUCCGCCUGGACUGGGGCAAUGAACAGAUGGGCAUGGACCUAGUUCCCAGAAAGGACUUUGAAAUGGUUGAUCCAGAACAGAUAAGUGUGGCAGAUCUCUACAAACUACACUUGUCCAGUAGACACAGCAUACAGCAAAGUACUACACAGACCGAUACUAUGAGACAUCGACAUGGUGAUGCAUGCCGCAUCCCCAUACCCCACCAUCUCUUGCUAAGUAUGAAAAGCUUUACCUACCACACUGUUGGAGAAGAUACAGACAUCUUCUUUUCUCUUUACGACAUGCGAGAGGGUAAACAGAUCAGUGAGAGGUUUAUGGUGAGGCUGAAUAAGAAUGGAAUGCCAAGAAAUCCUGAGAAAAUAGAUCGGAUGUGCGCACUAUUUACGGAUCUCAGUAACAAGGAUCUGAAGCGAGAUCUCUACAUAGUUGCUCAUGUGAUACGAAUAGGUCGGAUGCUAUUGAAUGAUUCAAAGAAAGGCCCUCCUCAUGUACAGUAUCGUCGCCCGUACGGUUGUGCAGUACUGAGUAUGAUGGACGCUCUAUCGUCGAUUGCUGAACUUCGUGAGGAAAAGGAUUUUAUGCUGAAAGUUUACACGUGCAAUAAUGAAAAUGAAUGGUAUCAAAUCCAUGAAAAUAUAAUUCGCAAAUCCAGCAACAAGUACACAGCAGCCAGCACAAAUUAUGGAAUGAUCAUCUCUCUGCAAAUACUCCGGGGUGAUAUGGAUCACAUGCGCAGAGAGAAUCCCAUGAUUUUUAACCGGGGUGUGGCCAUUACUCGCAAGCUGGGCUUCCCUGAUGUCAUUAUGCCAGGUGACAUCAGAAACGAUUUGUACCUCACAUUGGAGCGAGGAGAUUUUGAGAGAGGUGGAAAGAGUGUACAGAAAAACAUAGAAAUAACGGUUUACGUACUUUAUGCAGAUGGAGAGACACUUAAGGAUUGCAUUAGUCUUGGCUCUGGAGAACCUGCUGCAAGUGAACAUUGCUCUUUCGUGAUGUACCACAACAACAGUCCACGCUGGGGCGAGAUCGUGAAACUGCCCAUCCCUGUUGACAAGUUUAGAGGCUCACACCUUCGAUUUGAGUUCAGGCAUUGUUCCACAAAAGAUAAAGGUGAAAAGAAGCUAUUCGGUUUUGCAUUUACACCACUGAUGCGUGACGAUGGUACAACACUCUCGGAUGAUAUUCAUGAACUAUACGUCUACAAGUGUGAUGAAAAUAGCACUUUCAGUAACCACGGUCUCUACCUGGGUCUUCCCUGCUGUAAAGACGACUUCAAUGGCUGUCCCAACAUUCCUUCCAGUCUCAUUUUUCAACGAAGUACCAAAGAGUUCUUUUGGAUCUCAACCUUACUCUCAUCUACUAAACUGACACAGAAUGUUGACCUCCUUGCCCUUUUGAAAUGGAAAGCUCAGCCAGAAAGAGUGAUGGAUAUCCUGGGGAGACUGCGUCAUGUUAGCGGUGAAGAAAUAGUUAAAUUUUUACAGGAUAUUUUAGAUACGCUGUUUACAAUUUUAGAUGACAACACAGAGAAAUAUGGGCUGCUUGUAUUUCAGUCCUUGGUAUUCGUAAUAAAUUUGCUGCGGGACAGCAAGUAUUUUCAUUUCCGUCCGGUGAUGGAUACCUACAUUCAGAAGCACUUCUCUGGUGCAUUGGCAUACAAGGAGCUAAUCCGAUGUCUGAAGUGGUACAUGGACCGAUCUGCGGAAGUUGUGAGGCAAGAUCACAUUCAAGAGGCAAUGAGGGCCUUGGAAUAUUUGUUCAAGUUUAUUGUGCAGUCACGGAGCUUGUAUUCAAGAGCAACAGGUGGGAUAGAAGAAGAACAGUUUCGUGCCAGUGUUCAAGAGCUCUUUCAGUCCAUUCGCUUUGUCUUGAGUUUGGAUAGCAGAAGUUCUGAGACUCUCAUCUUCACACAGGCUGCCCUUCUCAAUUCCUUCCCAGCAAUUUUCGAUGAGCUGCUGCAGAUGUUUACUGUGCAAGAGGUGGCAGAGUUUGUGAGGGGGACACUGGGCAGCAUGCCCAGCACAGUGCACAUUGGUCAGUCUAUGGAUGUAGUCAAGCUGCAAUCCAUCGCACGGACAGUAGACAGUCGUCUCUUUUCAUAUUCAGACUCACGGCGGAUCCUGCUACCCGUUGUUCUCCAUCACAUUCAUUUGCACCUGCGGCAGCAGAAGGAGUUGCUCAUCUGCUCUGGAAUCCUCAGCAGCAUCUUCUCUAUCAUGAAGGCAAGCUCUCUGGAGUGCUCAGUGUCGGAAGAGGUGGAGAUGAUGGUUGAGAGCCUUCUUGACGUCUUGCUACAGACUCUGCUUGCUAUUAUGAAUAAGUCCCAGUUGGCGGAGGCGGUAAGAGGACAGCGUUGCCCACAGUGCACGGCAGAGAUAACUGGGGAGUAUGUAACCUGUCUACUGUCCCUACUUCGACAAAUGGCAGAUAACCACUAUCAACAAUUGCUCGAUAAUUUCCAGAGCAAGGAGGAGCUCAAGGAUUUCUUAUUAAAAAUAUUCUGUGUGUUCCGUAAUUUAAUGAAGCUGAGUGUCUACCCACGUGACUGGAUGGUGAUGAGACUUCUAACCAGCAACAUAAUUGUUACAACAGUUCAAUACCUUUCUCCUGCAUUACACAAGAACUUCACAGAAGCAGAUUUUGAUUUCAAGGUGUGGAAUUCGUAUUUUAGUUUGGCUGUCCUAUUUAUAAAUCAGCCAAGUCUUCAACUAGAACAUGCCACUCCUGCCAAAAGGAAGAAGAUUUUGGAUAGAUAUGGUGAUAUGAGAGUGAUGAUGGCCUAUGAACUCUUCAGCAUGUGGCAGAAUCUGGGUGAAAAUAAGAUUCAUUUUAUCCCAGGAAUGAUUGGACCCUUCCUGGGUGUCACACUGGUGCCACAAGCUGAGGUACGGAAUGUAAUGAUCCCAAUCUUUCACGACAUGAUGGACUGGGAGCAGCGAAAGAAUGGCAAUUUCAAGCAGGUAGAAGCAGAGCUCAUCGAUAAAUUGGACAGUCUGGUAUCCGAUGGAAAAGGAGAUGAAAAUUACCGUGAACUCUUCAGUCUCCUCACUCAGCUUUUUGGGCCUUAUCCUAGUUUAUUAGAGAAGAUUGAACAAGAAACAUGGAGAGAAACUGGUGUUUCUUUCGUAUUGUCAGUAACUCGCCUCAUGGAGAGACUGCUGGACUACAGGGAUUGUAUGAAAGGGGAUGAAACUGAAAAUAAGAAGAUUGGUUGUACUGUUAAUUUGUUGAAUUUUUACAAAUCUGAGAUUAACAAGGAGGAAAUGUACAUCCGUUACAUCCAUAAACUGUGUGACAUGCAUCUGCAGGCUGAUAAUUAUACAGAGGCAGCAUUUACACUAAUGCUGUACUGGGAACUGCUGCACUGGGAGGACAGAACCUUGCGAGAGUUCCUGCACUACCCAACACAAACGGAGUGGCAGCGUAAAGAAGGACUAUGCCGACAGGUUAUCAACUACUUCAACAAGGGCAAGUGCUGGGAGUAUGGAAUUCCACUCUGUCGGGAGCUGGCCAGUCAAUAUGAGGCCCUCUAUGAUUACCACAGUCUCAGCUGGAUCCGGAAAAUGGAAGCUGCAUAUUACGACAACAUAUUGGAGCAUCAGCGUCUGGAACCAGAAUUCUUUAGGGUUGGGUUUUAUGGUAGGAAGUUUCCAUUUUACCUACGUAAUAAGGAGUUUGUGUGUCGUGGUCAUGAUUAUGAAAGGCUGGAGGCCUUUCAGCAGAGGAUGCUGACUGAAUUUCCACAAGCUAUUGCCAUGCAGCAUCUCAAUCAGCCAGAUGAAACCAUCCUGCAGUCUGACGCACAGUAUCUGCAAAUUUAUGCAGUGUGCCCAAUUCCAGAGAAUGUAGAAGUUCUCCAGAUGGAGAGAGUUCCAGACCGUAUCAAGAGCUUUUACCGCGUAAACAAUAUCAGCCGCUUUCGAUAUGAUAGACCCUUUCAUAAAGGUUCAAAGGACAAGGAGAAUGAGUUCAAGAGUCUUUGGAUUGAACGUACUACCCUGACCCUUACACACAAUUUGCCUGGAAUUUCCCGCUGGUUUGAAGUGGAGAAGAGAGAGGUGUUGGAAGUGAGCCCCUUAGAAAAUGCUAUCUAUGUUGUGGAAAACAAAAACCAGGAGCUGCGGACUCUCAUCGGUCAAUACCAGCACAAGCAGCUGCAUGCCAACAUUAAUCUUCUCAGCAUGUGUCUUAAUGGAGUGAUAGAUGCUGCUGUCAAUGGAGGAAUAGCCAGAUACCAAGAGGCAUUCUUCCAAAAGGAGUAUAUAGUGAGUCACCCAGAGGACAGUGAGAAGAUAAACCAGUUGAAGGAGCUGAUGCAGGAGCAGGUUCACAUACUUGGAGUGGGUUUGGCAAUCCAUGAGAAAUUAGUGCACCCUGAAAUGCGACCUCUGCACAAGAAACUAAUAGAUCAGUUCCAGAUGAUGAGGUCCAGCCUUUGCCAUGAUCUUCCUGGAAUGGACAAGAUCAGCCCUGCUUGCUCUGGUUCCAGCACUCCACGUGGCAGUCUCAUGUCCAGUCAUAAUCCCAUGAGUCCGGAGGCUAUAAAGCUUGUGCAUAGACACAGCCCAUUGAACUUGCUUGGCUCCAGUAGACAUUCUUCAUCUUCACUAUCCUCACAGACAUCCAGCGAGGUUGGAAACCUUGUCAUCCUCACAGAUGGUCUUGUUGGAGAAACCCCUGAUGACCCAUUCCGCAUGCAGGCAAGUCCAUCCACCUCCAGCCUGAGUUCCACACACUCUGCACCCUCACAGAUGAUCAACUCAGCCCCAUCCAGUGCUCGAGGUUCCCCAUCAUUGUCCGAUAAAUACCGUCAUUCACGGGAGGUUAUGAUGUUGCUGCCUCCUCACAGGGACAGGCCAAGUAGUGCCCUGUAUCCAACCAUGAUGGAAAAUGGACCGCCUUCUAGUUUCCAGCGGGCCCUGAUUCAACAGGUGGUUGGACCUUGCAAACCAUGCAGUGACCCUAAUCUCUCUGUCGCUGAAAAGGCGGUGCCAGCAGCUCCCAGUAGUUGGAGUUUAGACAGUGGAACCAGGGACACAAUACCAUUCCUCACAGCACAUGUGGGCACGAUUAUGGCACCCCCAGUACCACCUCGAUCAUUGCCACCUGGUCAUUUUACUAUGAAUUUUGAUCCCUUCCUUCAUCAGAUCAGUGAUAUACCACCUGCCUUGCCUGCACGAACCCUACGCAAAUCUUCGCUACACCCAAUUCCUGCAUCACCUACAAGCCCCCACUCAGGUCUUGAUGGCAGUAACUCUACUCUGUCUGGCAGCGCAAGCAGCGGGGUGUCCUCUCUGAGUGAAAGCAACUUUGGUCAGUCAACGGAGCCACCACGUACAGACACAACAGAUUCCAGUCAGACCUGGAACCCAGAGGAGGAUGGAGAAGCCCCUUACAUACCAGUAAGGUACAGCCUAUCUGAACCAGAUGUCAUUGAAUCAGUGAAAGCUCACCCAUGCCGUAGCCACUCUGCUCCCACUGGAGUCAUUCUAAAGGAGUCCACAGAGAUACCAGCUUUGCCCCCCAAACCAUAUUAUCCCAGACCAACAUACAAAGACAAUGAAGAAACACCUGAAGAAGAGAGCAGGCCAAAGGCUUUCAUGCGCAAACUCUCUCAGUCUGGUCACAGUGGCAAGGAAGAGCAAGCCAAGGUGCCAUGGGAACAUGGCAUCAAUCAAGACUAGGCCACAAAAAGGGCUCAAAAUUAAGGUGUUCACUGGUUCAUCCUACGGGUGUCAGCCACCUCUGUUUAUUGUAAACGGAUUACAUUUCUUUCAGAAACUAUUUGCUUUGGACUAAUACUUUGUUUCAGUGAGAAGGAAGGCCUGUUUAUUUACGGCCUAGCUGCUCUCUGAUUGCAUUUGCAGUUGGAGGUCCCCGUAUGGUGCACUGUUCUGAAAAGGCCUCAACCCUUCAGGUGCAAAACUUCCUGUUGCAAUCACACACUUCACUUUGAUUAUUCGCAAAGUAUAGAAUGAAUGAGGCAUCUGAUGAUUGAGAUAGUUGUGAACCCUUAUCAAAUAAGAAUAUUAGUCAUUUCAUUAAAAUCAUGUCUCUCCUCUUUUUUUCCUUUCUCGAUAUUCUGGUCAAAGCAUUUGAUAUACCUCCUUACCAGGUCUUCCACUGACUUUUCACAUUUACUAAGAAUCAUAGGUUAAAAUGUCACUGAAGUAUCAUACAUCCUGAGUAUCAUACAUCAGAGAGAAGUUAAACUAAAUGUCAGGAAUGUACAUCCGAUACUGAAGUAGCAUGCAAUAGCCCCUCCUCUGUUCAGGUAGGAUACAUCUAAAGUCAGCAUUGAAUUUUCUUUAGGCUUAAGAUUUUUGUGCUGAAAAACUUCAGGUUAAAUCUUUAUUAAUAAUAUGGGUCCAGUUAAUUCACAAAAUGAAAACGUUGACCAUUGUUUAAUUUUUGGGUUCUUCUUUGGACUGGUCUCAGCUAAAUUCUGGUGGAACGGAUUAGGGUGAUUUUAAAAUGUCAAUAGCGGCAUUUAACCUACCAACCUUGUAUUCAUUUUUGAAGUGACAACUGUAAGAAAUGACUUGCUCACUGAAAGUCAGUCUGGAUUUUGCCAGGUCCAUUCACUUCCUGACUUCAUUACAGUCUUGGUCCAAACAUGAACAAAACAGGUGAACUAAAAAGAAAAGAGACUGCCCUUAACAUAAAGGCAGCACUUAAUUAUGUGUGGCAUUAAGAAGCUUUUAACAAAACUGGAGUCAGUGGGAAAACUCUCCAUUGAUUGGAAUCAUACCUAACACAAAGGAAAUGACUGUGGUUAUUAUGGGCCAACCUCUAAAUCCCAAAACAUCACUACAGGAGUUUGUUUCUCAGUGUAGUCUCAGCCUAACCAUCGAUAUACAGCAGCUUUAUCAGUGACUAAUGUCAGAACCUGGGACAUUUACUAUUCCAUAGGAACUAGAAUACUAUGCGCAGAAAGAUCUGACAGCAUCCACUCCUAGGCCAACAAAGUAGCAAUUAACAUUUACAUUAGACAAGUGCCAUCUCCGACAAGAGAAAAUCUAACCAUCAUUCCUUUACAAUUCAAUUGCAUUACCAUCAUUGAAUCUCUCUAUCUGGGGGUUACCACUGACCAUAAACUAAACUGAACUAGCCAAAAAUUGUGGCUGCAAAAGCAGUUCAGAGGCCAGGUAUCCUACAGCGGGUAACUCACCUUUAGACUCCCGAGAGGUUUCCAUCAUCUACAAAGCACAAAUAAGGAGUGUGAUGGAACAUUCUUCACUUACCUGGAUGAGUGCAGCUCCAGCAAUACUCAAGAAGCUUGACAUCAGUCAGAACAAAGCAGCCUGUCUGACUGACAUCACAUCCACCACCUCCAAUUUCUAUUCGCUCCACUACCAACACAAUGUCAGCAGUGUGUUCCAUCGACAAGAUGCACUGAAGCCACUCAACAAGGCUAUUUUAACAGCACCUUCUCAAACCUGUGUGACAUCUGGCACCUGGAGGGACAAGGGCAACAGAUGCAUGGGAGUACUACCACCCUCAAGAUCUCAUCCUAACCAUAACAUCCUGAUUUGGAACUACACUGCUAUUCUUCCAUACUCUCAGGAUCAAUGACCUUGAACUCCUUGCCAAUUGCAUUCUGAACCUUUCUCACAAGGACUGCAGUUUAUCACCACUUUCUCAAUGGCAAGUAGGAUGGGCAAUAAAUGCCAAACUAGCCAGCACCACCCACACCCUAUGAAAGAAUUUUUUUAAAAAUUAUAUGGCUGGUACAGCUUCAGGAGUGAAUGUAAAAAGUUUGCCAUUAAUCACUCCAGUUUCCACUAGCUCAAUGUUUAUUUGCUCUUUACCUGUAGAGAACCAUCUGCAGUUUUCACUGGGGUAAUUUGUGCUUACUGCCAUUUUAAACACAAAUGAUACUUUCCAUAUCAAUUGUGUAACAUGGUCUAUACCAUCUGGCUUAUGUAGGAGCUCAGGGUGUGUCUGGCCUCAUGGAUUUCAUAUACCUGAAGAUGCAGUGCAAUGUAAAAGAAUCCUUACAACAGUUAUGGAGCUAUACAUAACUCGUAUUUUAAAUGAUCACUGUGCUAAUGCAAGUUUUUGACAGUUUAUCUAUGAGUAAAAGAAUUAGAGGAAGGUUCUGAAGGUGUUUUACAGUGUUUAUUAACAAUUGAGCUGAUGGUUUAAUGUUGUAGCAGAAGUGUAAGAUAAUGUAGAUCAAAGUGUGCUAUUGAGAGAAAACUGUAAAUAAAGCAAGAGACGUGCUAAACGUUGUUCAGAAAGGGAUUAUAUAGGUAUUGAUUUAAAAAAAGCUAAAAAUUUGUUACAAAAGGUGAAAAGAAUUGAAAAGUUACUGUAUCUGUACAUACAUCAUUCAGUAUUCUCAUGUCCAACUUACUCUCAAUUGAUAGUUGUUGGGGGUGGGGAAGAGAACUUGCUGAACACCUACUCCUGAGUGGCCUGAAGUAUAAAAUUCUAGUUCAAAAACACUAUUCUGUAUUCUGAUGAUGGGCCAGUCUUUAUGCUGCUACUGUGCUAUUCUUCCCAUGGUGUAAGGGAGUUAAAAAAAAGUGGGCAGUGAAAUUUUCAAACAUAUGCCAACCAUUACCCAAUACUGGGAUUUCAAUUGGAGACAUGUGAUGGUCAGGGAAAAUUUGAAAGGGCUACUAAAGUAGUGAACUAUCAGACACAUUCAUCUUGAUCUUCAAUGCUACAGGAGAGAUGGGCUCACCUGCUAGCAUUUAUAUACGGUAUGUGGUCGGCACCUUCAAACAUUUGCUCAAUGUUUCCACUGGGAUGUUUUGCAAGAUGAGAAAUCUAAUCUCAAAAAUACAAAAUCAAUUCAUUUUUUGUUCAACCUUAAUUUCUGUUCAUAAAUCGAGUUCCACUGGGGAUUGUGUGAAAAAGAAAAUGAAGUGUGAAAAGAAUUUGUAAAGUAAAAAUUACAUUUGAUGUAUAACAGUAACAUGUCUCUUAAAAGGCAAUGUUCUUAUUUAAUAUUUACCAAGCUAUUGCAGUGCUUUCUUCGCAGUACACAAACCCUGGAGUGUGUCCUGUAACUAAAGCAUGCCAGAUGUAUUUUUGUGAGCCUUGUAAUUUAACGUCCCGUUUUUCUGUACAGCAGCAAUGUUUGAAAUGAUGGAGUUUAAACUGCCUGUUGUAACCAUGGGUUGCUCUGAUUUAAGACUUGUCAGCAUUAUCGCACAGUGAUGUGAAGCUGUUUCUCCCCUUUCCAAAUUGUGUCUGUCUCUAUUGGACCAUGUCAAUGCCCAAAUAAUCUUGCUCCUUGUACAGACCUUCCCUUUUGAAUGCUGUGUACUUAUGAAUUUUAAGGAAAGGGCAGAAGGAGAAGGACGAAGGGGUUGAACUGUUGUGUAAAAAGGUUUUUCUGUAGCACUAACAUUGUCAUUUUUGGCUCUUUACUGCACACCCAGGGCUGUGAUUGGCUUGGGCCAAAAAGUUAGCAACUGCAAACAUUUACCACAUGAAUCUGGUUUGGGAAAACAUGGUAGGAACUGGAGAGAUAUAUUCAGAGCCAGCCUCUGCCUAGCUUGUUGCUUUGUCAAAAGAUGGCUGGCCAGCAUGAUAGAAUGAUUUUCAGCCAAUCUUCAUGAGCGCCAAGGGAAAAUUCUUAAAAGCAAAUUGGUUUUAUGGGCUGGGGUAGGGAUGGGUAGAGGGUUAAACAAAAGCACUUGAUUAUAAUGGUAAACAACCUUUUGCCAGACCCAUGGUUAGGUUCAAUUGUACUCUUAAGAGAUUAAUUCAACUCCAUUCUUUUAUUACAGAAUUGCCCCUUAUUGAUAUUAUAAGGGGACCAGCAAGGGCACAUUGGUAAAAAUAGGGUUUUAUUGUAUAUAUCAUGUUAGCAUGUCAGAAUAUGUGACGUGAAUUUUAGAUGUAAAUAUUUGCAAUUCGUUUUCCUAUUCACCAAAUUACUGUGAUGUGUAAUUCCU